CGCCCCCCGCGCCCGCGCCUCGCCGCAGCCGCUCCACCGGCCCGCCCCGCGCGCGCUCACGACAUGGCCAGCCCCGCGCCCUUGGUGGCCUCCAUCAGCCACCAAAUGGUGGCCCUGCAGACCCUGCAGCUGGUGCAGCAGGAAUGGGGCUGGGGAGAUGGUCCCGGCGCGCUCGGGAGCCCCUGCGAUCCCGACCCCUUGCCGGCCACCCCGGCGCGUCGCGCAGGCCCGGGGCGCACCCGGCCGGCACCCCGGCGACUGGAGGGAGGCGCGGCCCGGGGGAGCCGGGGUACGGGAGCCGGGCUGCCGGCGGGCUCCCCUGACGUGGAGGGGGCGCGCGGGGCAGAGGGGGGUGCGGAGCUGCUCCCCUUCCCCCGCGGCCGGGUGCCCUGCACCCUGGCCCGGAUGGCGAUGCGCAGCGCGCUGGCCCGCGUGGUGGCCUCGACCUCGGAGCUGGUCAGCGUGGAGCAGACCCUGCUGGGCCCCCUGCAGCAGGAGCGGCCCUUCCCCAUCCAUCUGAAGGACAGUGUUGAAUUUAGAAACAUCUGCAGUCAUUUGGCUCUACAAAUCGAAGGACAGCAGUUCGACAGAGAUUUGAAUGCUGCUCAUCAGUGUUUGAAGACAAUAGUCAAGAAGCUGAUUCAGUCACUUGCUAAUCUUCCUUCCGAUGCCCACAUGGUAGCCUGUGCUUCCUUGAGACAGAUUUUACAGAAUCUCCCAGACAUAUGAAUUCAAGUAGACUGAAAUAAAAUGAUAGCUAGCACUGUUAAGAGAUUGGGGAC